AUGAACGAUGAUGAAGAAGAUUUCUCUGAAAAUGCUAUUUCCACAAACCCAGUAAAUCCAUACGCCUGCCCAUGUCCACCACUUUUUACGCCACCAUGUCCGCCUCCAACGAUUCCGAAAUUACCACCAUGCUUAAUGAUGACAACUCUUCCACCAUGUUCAACCUUAUAUCAACGACAAAAACGUGGUGUUCGACUUAUAAGUGACUCUAAAAAGCAGCUUUGUAACAACCAACAAAUUAGAAAAAUCAUUCUUAAGAAUAUUGGACAAAGCAUGUCAGAAUCUAAAGCUUUGAUUCAUGCAGAACUAAAACGGGUAUUCGGAGGCAAUUUUGUAGUGAUAUGCUCGAAUGCGAGCAUUUCAUUCAUUGCCGACUCUUCAACUUAUUGCGUUGACGGUGGUCUUAGUUUCCACUGUUACGUUUUUGAAGCUUAG